GGUGGUGAUUAUGAGUGAUGAUGGACAUAAGACCAAUAAUAAUCACUUCCGAGACAGAGACAGAGAGGGAGAGCGAGAGAGAGAGCGGUGAUGAAGAGAUCAAGAGAGGGUAAAAAGAGACAAAACGGUGGGAAUUAGAGGUAGUAAAAACGUUCUGAGGGAUUUUCAAGAGUCACGUUAUUACUGAAGAGGGAGAGAGAGCGAGAGAGAGGGAGGGAGGGAGAGAGGGAGACGCGAUAACAGCGUUUGUCCUUCUUCCACUCAGUUUUGUGACCUGCUGACGGGCAGAGCGGGCGGCGGACGAAGAAACUUGAGACAAUCACACCGAGAUCCGACAUUCAGAGGCUGACUGAAGAUCAGACCUAGUUUCCCCUCGCUUGGUAUUUGGGAAUUGCUCUCUCUGCCUUUCCUGCUCUUUGGCAUCGCUGCUUGACAUUCACCAGAGAUCACAUUGUAAAUUGAGAUUACGGGUGUUCAACCCUCCGUGGGAAACUGAAUGAGACGCUUCGCAAGAGGAGUGGGAAAAAAACAGCAGAGGGAGGCUUGGUGAGAUAGAAGAAGAUAUUAGGUGCCGUGAAAAAAAAAAGAAGGAGUGACUGACACCUGCCCUCCAGCUCACUGUGAAGGGCACAGAAUGGGAGAGUGAGAGGAGCGGGGGGGGGGGCAUGAAAGGAGGGAAAACAGAGGAGAGAAUGAAGACAACUGGAAAACAAGGCCUGCCUCUCAGCAAACCUCGCUUAAAUUAGGACACCUCGCCACAAGUCAAGAUGAUUACCAGAAAUCUGCUCUUAUUGGUUUCCCUGUGCCUGUGGGAGGGGCUUGUAGGAGGUGCUUCGGCCAGUAAGAUUGUACGGAGGAGAGGAGUGGGCGGAUCGCACAUGGUGAAGCUAGGGGAGAGCAGAGCUGUGGACCAAUGGGAUGCAAGCAUGGAUGCAAAUGCAAUGCCUGUGGUGACUCUUAGAAACCUGAUUAAUCAUGAACAGGCGGGCGACACUGGGGCUUUUUCUUAUUCCAAAAUAUUGCAGAAUCAUGCUGCUCCAUCUGUAGCUAACAAGGAGAGGCAACCUUAUAAGCCCAAGCGUGAGGUUGACUCCGUCAAUAAAAAGGAGGCAACUUCACACAUAUUGGCCAAUAACAAGGAGUUAAACCAGGAUGUGAAGAAAGUUAAGAACAACACCAAGAGUGCUGAGACUACCAAAACAGGGAGGUCAGAGAAAAUGUUCACAAUCCAUCACAAGCCAGAUAUACACUCCAAUAAGACCCGGUUUAAAUCAGGAUCCAGAUCCAGGAGCAGACCUGACUUGAGUGUCCAUACCACAGGUGUGCCUGGAAAAGGAUUCAGCAUAGAUUCAAACCGAAAGCUGAACCUCACUGGCAGUUACGGGGUCCUGAAGCUGCUGUCAAAAGAGAACCUAGUCAGGAUCGUCAAUUCCCAAAUGCAGAGUGUUCCCAGCCUAAGCUUUCCGAGCAAGGGCAGCCGGAGCAGGAAGAGAGAUUUGAUUGACGUUAAUCAUGGACAGUUAGAGGCUCAGAAAGUACCGAGACAAGAUAUGGCUGUCACUCAGUCUCACACUGGAUUUGAUAAUCAGACUGCAUUUCCUUAUGUAAGCCCAGUCACCACUCCAGAUCUUAAUCGAGACCAGGGUGCUGACACUCGUAUUAAUCCACCAAGUGAAGUCAAGCCAGCUUUAAGUAAAGGGCAGGACAACUUGGGAAUGCAGGGUUUAGAUAAUGGCGAUAGCAAGAGCAAACACCUCGUCCGUGCGCUGUCAACACCUCGCAGUGAGGUCAGCCUUAGCCCCGAGAAAGAAGUAAUGAUCAGCCAAACAGAACCACCAUUUACAUCGACAAAACAUCUCCCACUGUAUGUUCCCUCUGAAACAAAUGAUUCUCCUUCAUCUGUGCUGACAGUGCAACACCUGGGACUAAGACCAGGGAACAGAGCAGAAGAUUCCCAUAGAGACCCAUUAACAGAGUCAGUUCACACUGCUCAAACAGAACCCAGCACAACUCAGUACCCUGCAGAUGAAGACAAUAAAUUUGUCAACAGCAGUCAUGUCCUGAGGCUGCACCCAGCUCCUGAAUGGAGCCACGACACGAAAGACGCUGGGAUGCAAGCUGUCGAUCCAGAAAACGGGAAGGGCCUUGUGUUCGAAGAGGCAGAGUCAGAGGUGAAAGAGGAGCCGCGUGAGCGCAUGGAGGGGAAGGGAUCGCGCUCUCGCAGCAGGAGGAGCUGGAUCUGGAACCAGUUCUUUGUGAUUGAAGAAUAUGCCGGGCCUGAACCUGUGCUCAUCGGACGGCUCCACACAGACAUGGACAGGAAUGAUGGACGCACAAAGUAUGUCCUGCGAGGUGAGGGGGCGGGCUCGGUCUUUGUGAUAGACGAGAAGACAGGCAACAUCCACGUCACCAAGCCACUGGACCGUGAGGAGAAGGACGAGUACCGUCUCAUCGCCACGGCCACCGACAGGCAGACUGACCGUGCCCUGGAGCCCUCGUCACAGUUUAUAAUCCGGGUGCAGGACAUCAAUGACAACCCGCCUGUCUUUGAUGAAGGCCCCUACAGCGCCACCGUGCCUGAGAUGGCAAAUAUAGGCACGUCUAUAAUCCAGGUGACAGCGACAGAUGCUGAUGACCCGACUUAUGGGAACAGCGCCAAGCUAGUGUACACACUGGUGCAGGGCCAACAGUACUUCUCUGUCGAUCCCCAGACAGGUAUUCUGCGUACAGCUGUACCUGACAUGGACAGGGAGACCCAGGACCAGUACCUGGUGGUGCUUCAGGCCAAGGACAUGGGGGGCCACCUGGGUGGAUUAUCAGGGACCACCACCAUCACUGUCCGGCUCUCUGACGUCAAUGACAACCCGCCGCGGUUCACCCAGAGUAUGUGGUCCUUCUCCGUUUCUGAGCUGGCCAUCCCGGGCGCCGAGAUAGGGCGUAUCUCAGCCAGUGAUGCCGACCUCGGUGAGAAUGCCAAGCUGGAAUAUACCAUCCUGGAGGGGGAGACCGGGGACACGUUCAACAUCACUGGAGUGAACCAAGAGGCUGUCAUCACGCUCAACAAGGCUGUGGACUAUGAGAGUCGGAGCUCCUACUCUUUCUCCGUCGAGGUCCUCAACCCCAUAGUGGACCCUCGCUUCCUUCGUCGAGGCCCCUUCAAGGACCGGGCGUCCAUCAGAGUGGCAGUGUUGGAUGCAGAUGAGCCACCGAGGUUCUCCCGGGCACGGUAUCACAUGGAUGUAUCUGAGAACUGCCCGCCAGCCUGCACUGUCGGCCGGGUCAGCGCUGUCGACCCUGAUACUGGUCUGACCAAUAAUAUCAGGUUCUCCAUUGAUCCUCAAUCGGACCCAGAGGCUCUGUUUCGUAUCACCCCAGACACAGGCCUCAUCACCACUGCCAUGGAACUGGAUCGGGAACGCGAGCACUGGCACAAUAUUACUGUCAUUGCAACCCAGAGAGACAAUCCCAGCCAGGUGUCCAGAGUUCUGGUCGCAAUUGAGACAUUAGACCUGAAUGACAAUGCGCCCGAGCUGGACAGACAGUACACAACAGCCAUGUGCGACUCAUCCUCCGUCGGGCAGGUGGUGCAGGUGUUGCGGGCGAUUGAUAGAGAUGAGGGAGGGAAUGACAGCACUGUGUAUUUCAGCAUCCCUCCAGAGUCCAGCGCUGCCCUCAACUUCAGCGUCAGGGACAGUGGUGGCCCCACAGCCAGCCUGGUGCUGUUGUCCCAGCUCCAGCCGCUGUCCCGCUCCCCGUCCUCCACCCUGACGCUCUACGUGCCGCUGGUCCUGAGGGACGGGACGUCAGGCCUCACCAGCACCGGGACGGUCACCGUGUCCGUCUGUCCCUGCCUGAGAGGAGGGGCACGGGCCGGGGAGAAAGAGAAGGACAAGCAGACAGAGGGCGAGUGGGACUGGGAAAGAGAGGCGGUGUGUCUCCCUCAGCAGUCCACACUGCCUUCCCCUGGGCUCAGUACAGCGGCUCUGCUGGCUAUCCUGGCUUGUGUCGCUACACUAUUAGCGGUGAGUGCCCUGUCAUUGUCGCUGCGUCGUCAGAAGCGCGACUCCCUGUCACCGCUGGAGGAGGACGACGUACGUGAGAACAUCAUAACGUACGAUGACGAGGGCGGGGGAGAGGCCGACACGGCUGCCUUUGACAUCGCGGCCCUCCAGAGCGCCCCACACAGCUCACGCUCACGUGGCUACCGCACACUGGACAGCCGGAAUGUACGUUACACACAGCGUGGCCAAGACAAAUCUCGCACCUAUAGCUGGGCUCAAAACCCAGGUGUGGAUCACAACUACUCAGGACCUGGAGGACCCCUCUAUGGUCGCCUGUGUUACAGCAGCCACACUCUACCUGUCCUUCGCCGCACACCAGGUGGGACAUUUGAACCGGGCCUGGCAGAGCUGGGGUACCGUUACCCUGGUGGCCAGCCGGACCACUCUCUGGUCAUCCAGAACCAGGGGGCCAUGGUGGGGCCGAUGGAGUCUGGGGCAGUUUACAUAGCCCCCACAGACCUCAGCACAGGAAGCCGAACAGGGAGUCGCACUGGAAGCCGCGAUGGGACCGGGCCCCAGAGCGCAGUGAGCACAUCGGAUGGAGGAACGCCGAGGACCAGUGACAGCCAGGAGAGAGGAGGAGGGACAAGGACUGUAAGCAACUGCACAGAGGGGAGCAAUGAGGACAAGGUGAACCACAGUCAAGAUGUGGACUGGGUGCAGUCGGACACGUUACCCCGGGAGCACAACCUUGUCAUGACCCGAUCCGGCUCCAUGGUCGGCCAGGGUCACGGAGGAGGAGGCUGGGUGACCGACUCAGCUACGCUCCCCCUGGCGGGACGCAGGGCCUCCCGUGCCGGCUUGUCCCCGAAACACACAAGCUCUGGGCAGGCUGAGUCUGACUCCAGUGGAGGGGGAGGAGGUGGUGGAGGAGGAGGAGGAAGUGGAGGUGGAAAUGGAAGCGGGAGCAUUUCCGCAGAUGGACAACAGCAACCCGCCAAUGGACGCAACUACGCCACUGUGCUGCAGGGGGAGGUAUCUGGACAGAGGGACUACCCCGGCAGCUUGGGGAGAGGAGGACUGGAGAUGGGGAGCAACUUUGUGGUGGCAAGGCCAGACAGGGAGGGUGGAGGGAUUUCACUGACCGGGACUCCAUCUGUCUACCCAGACGCAGCCGGCUUUAUCGGGGACUGGCGUGAUCGGGUGGGUCUGGGGGGGUAUGUUUUGGGGAGGAGGGAUAUGACCCCGCAGCUUUUGCCCUUCCCAGGGCAGCCCCGAGGAGCGUAUGCUGGAGUGAUGGGCUUCGGGGCCGGCUGGGUUCCAGGAAUGGAGGCAGCGAGAGGAGCGCCAGGGCCCGGGGGUCCCUCCUUGGCGCUAAGGGUGGGUGAGUUCCUACGUCUGCGUCUUGCCCAGGUCACCUUUGACCCUUCGCAGCCACCGUAUGACUCGGUGCAGGUGUACGGCCUGGAGGGCACAGGGUCCAGGGCUGGAUCCCUCAGCUCACUGGAGAGUGAAGGAGAGAAGGAUGCAGAGAGGGAGGAUUGGGGAGCAGGGCUUGAAGAGUGGGGUCCCCAGUUCCAUAAACUAGCCCAACUUUUCAAAGAAAGGGAGAAAGAGAGGGAAGACAAGGAAAAAGUUGACGAGGGUGCCAAAAAGGAGAAGGAAAAUAAAGAGGAACCAGAGAAGAACGAUAAAAAAGGGAAAGGAGAGCAGGCUAGAGAAGAGGGGAAAGACUGAGGGAGAAUAUAAAUGAAACAAAUAGGGGCAAAGGGGGUAAGAGAGGAAGGGAGGGAAUAGGAGGAUGAUGAAAAGGCAACCAGAGCUAGAAUAAUGUGAAGAGAAGUUAAAGGGGAGAAAGAUGAAGAGGCAAAGUAAUAAAAAGAGACAGAGAAAAAUGAGCCUAGGGAGGAUGGAGAAUGCGAGGGCAGGGGAGGGAGUGAUUGAUGUAAUUUAAAGCAAUAAGUGUUGAAACGCUGAUAUGGUUGAGCACAGAUACUGAGACAA